GACGGACUUCUCGAUUCAACAGUGUGUAUGCACAUCAACCGGAAACCAAACUUUUUUCUUCGCUUUUUUUUCUCUCAGUGGCAAAAGAGGAAACGAAGACUCUCGUGUUCGUGAAGCGCACGGUUCCUUGUUUUUGGGUCACUGGCUGUGUUUGUGUGUGUUGGAAUGCGUCCGCUGCAGAACGCCACCAGGGCAGAGGUACGGAGCACUUUCUGCCGAGGAUAAGUUGACGUGGAGCGGACCCGGGCCGGUGUCGAGCCACAUAACGGACCAUGGAGGAUGGUGUAAAAGAGGACCCCACCCAGUGUAAAGAGCCAAAGUUCCUGGGUAAGGCCGGAUGGGUGAAGAAGGCUCCCGGCAGAAUCUUGGCCAGCUACAAGGACCGCUUCAUCCACGUGGAAAAGACGGAGAUCGUGGUGUAUGAAAAUGAGGAGCUGCAGAACUGCUUAGAGAGACUGGACCUGGAGAACUAUGACAGAUGUCACGAGUUAAAGAGCCCCUUCAAAAAGAAGCACAGACUGAUACUGAUCAGAUCGACCAAGUCUGGAAACAAGGUGAAUGAUGUGAAGUUCCAAACUCAGACAGCAGACGAGAAGGGGGCUUGGAUUAAAGCCCUGACUGAUGGCAUCAAUCGGGCAAAGAACAAAGUCUUUGAUGAGGUGACGGUCGAUGACAGCAGUAAUUUAGAGCACGUGACUCGAACAAGGCCAAAAGUGAACCGGCCCCGGCGGCCGCCAACCAGGAUACACAUGAAAGAGGUAGCCGUUGCGUCGUCUGAAGGUAUCCUACGUCUGGAUCUUGAUCUUGAGGACGCUGUAAUGUGUGAUGGGGCCCAUCGUGCCGAUAGUGAUGGUACUGAGCAACAGUCAGGACCCAGUGCUGAGGAGGUCAGCCCCCAGAAGAAGGUCAUCACACCUCCAAUGCCCCCCACCAAAGAGGCUAAACCCAGUUCAGCGCCUGAGAAUGAACCUGAUAAAGAUGAUGGUCCAGAGAAAAAGGUCCUGAAGCCGCCGAUGCCUCCAUCUAAAGAAGCCAAGUUGUGCGUUUCACCUGUUGAAGUGGUUACAGAGGAGGCCAAAGCAGAGAAGUCUGAGAUUCACGGUGCCAUGAGGAAGGCAGGUGCAACGCCAUCCCCUCCCAUCAAACCCGUGAGCAACAUUACAGAGCCGACACAGUCCAGUUUAAAUCCCCACCCUCCUGCCCCCCCGCCCAAAGAGAAGAAACCAUCCCACCCGGUUGUGGAGCCAGACCAAGAGGUCGAAGGCAAAGCGGGCGAGAAUCAGGAGGCGGAUGGUGACAACAGGGAGGAGAUGACGGGAACUGCCGUAGAAACAGAGGAGGAAGACCAAAAAGCUCUGGUGAGUAUCAGAGGUGAAGAGAUUCCCAGCACAGAGGAACAGGUUUCUGCUAAAGUGUCGGGGGAGACCAUGAGCAGUCAAGAGGAACUUGUUCGGCCUGACAUGAUGCAACGCAUAGAGGACAACCCAGCCGUAAGUCAGCCAGUUGUCAGACAGGACCACACUGCCUCAGACACCACGGACAGUUCUCUUCAUGCGGAUGUGUUGCACCCAAAUAGUGAGAUCCCCUCAGUAGAUGUCCCCUUGAACGACCAACUCACUGACGGGCUCAACCUGAGUCCACUGAUCUGCCACUUGCCUGCGGAGAAGAGAAGGAAUGCGGAGGAGAAAUCUGUGGACAGCGGUCAGCACUCGGACGAUGACAGCGAAGGCUCCGAGAGUGAAGACGCGCUGGCGGCUUCCACAGCUGCACUGAGCGGGAGCCAUGCUGGUCUGGAUGUGUUGGGUGGUAGCAAGGAUAACAUUCCGAUCACUGGACAACAUUCACACAACGUUCAGAUCCCUGUUGCUUUGAAGCUUCCUCACUCGAAGCCAAGUAUCCCACUCAAACCCUCCACCAAGGUCAAGUCAGCUUCCAUCGGAGAUCUACUGGCGGUCUCCUCAGAGCGUACCAGCAGAGCCGUGGAUCCAAGGGACCGGUCUCCUACUGAUGACGUCGUGAAACUUGAGAAGGAAGUGGCUCUGGAGAUGGAGGAGGCAGACGAGCUCCUGAGCAGAGUGUCCCAGUUUCAGGACGAAGGUGCCAGGGAGAGCACGCCUGGGAACAUCCUGGCCGAGGCCAUGGAGAAGCUGAGGCAGGCUGACCACGUCCUCAGGGAGGUCAAAAAACUGAAACUCACAAAGACCUCAGGUAACAGGAACAGCUGGUGAAGGUCAGUUGUACCAGGUUGACUUGGAAUUGACCAUUUGCUGAGCCGCUCACCUGGACAGUUAUUGUUCAGAUAUAGCUUAAGCAGGCCUGUCCAGCUUUGGAUUUCUUCACAUACAGUUGUUUUCUGGAAAGGCAGAAACAAAUGUAACAGUGUAAUUGUCAGUUCCAAUAUAAUCUGCCAUCAGAGACUGUACACAAAGAUGGAUGAUGCGUCUUCACUUCCUCCCUUUGUACAAAAAUGAAGCUAACAUAUACCAGACACAAGUGAUUGUGGUUUGGAGCCAAGGUAUCAAAGUCCCGCCCACGCACUCGUCCGACGAAUCAACGAGUCAGUCUCAACUGUCUAUCAGGACGUUUCAGCCUGUUUUCAUGGCAUCCAAUAAACCAUUGAAACAAAACUUGGAAGGGAAAAUUAACACUUCGAAUCAGUUUGACAAACCAUUUUUGAGAAAAAUGUAUUUCAAGCUACAGUGUGUAAUAUUUAGAAGAACGUAUUCACAAAAAAAUAAUAUAUUGUCCAUAAUUAUGUGUUCAUAUAUGUAUAAUCACCUGCAACAAAGAACUAAUG